AUGCUUCUGCGUCAUCACGGUUGGAAACAGGUAGUUAAAACAAAAACGAAACGUUCAACAGUUAUUUCUAUUCUUCGAUGGACACUUCUUCGUCGUGUAACUCAAUCACUUGAUCAAAUAAAUGAUGAAGAUACAAAAAAGAAUAUUCUUUGGGAAGAAAUGUAUUGGUUAAAUCAAUAUUGGACUCAAUCUGUACCAAAAUCAAGUAUAGCUCCUAAAUAUUGGCAAAGACUUUUUAUUACUAAAUCACUUAAUACUAGACGUGAUCUUUAUGAAUAUUUAUCUGAUGAAGCAACACGAAGAGAACGUUUUCGAUGUCGAAUGGAUAAAAGAAAAGAAAUAAUUGCUGCUAUAUCAGAUUCUAAUCGUUGGGAAUCUCCUUUUCAUCGAACAAUAUUUGCUACAUUAGACAUGAAAUAUAAUCCACAACGUGGUUUUGAAUUUGCUCAUGUUCGUCAAUCAUAUUUUUCAUCACUUUUUCAAAAAGUUUUUCGUUGUUUUAAACAUAUUGAUCGUUUCCAUUCACCAGCUUAUAUUAUAAUAACUGUUAGACAAAAUAUUCGUCAUCAAAAAUUACCAUUAGAAAAAUAUUUUACAUUUCAUUCAACAUCAAGUCGUGCAUUAGCUUUUCAUGAAAUUUAUAAUAUUUUAUUAACAUUAAAACAUACAAAUAAUAAUUGGAUAAAAGCAUUUUAUUAUGUUUCAAAAAGAAAAAUUGCUACUCGAAUCGAAGAAGAAGAACUUGAUGAUGAUGAUGAAAAACUUGAAUCAGUGACUUCUUGUUAA